UGAGCCCGUGAGGUGGUCCACGAAAGCGGGUUAGUUUCAAUUUGUUUGCCGUACAGCUCAAUAGUGGUUGGUACUAUGCUGUCACUUCGUACUGGUUGAUAUUUAUUUGAGAAUUAUUUUUUUGUUUGUUUGUAAAAAGUUUGCAUAAUGCAAAUAAAGUGUCUGUGUUUCUUAUUGGUGAGUGCCCUAAGUUGGCACCACUCGGAGCCGGCUCGCAUUCUGGGCGUUUUUGCCUUUCCCGGGCGCAGCCACUGGAUGAUGAUCGAUGCAAUUUUAAACGAACUGUUGGACCGGGGCCACGAGGUCACGUGUAUCGCGAAUUACCCACUGUCCAGAAGGCACGAGAACUAUACGGAAAUACGAAUAGCACCGAUUUACGACUUUUGGAAGGAAUCGGUGAAGGUGGACUCGAUCUAUGAACUGACGGACAUUUCCAUCCACCGGAUGUUGGUGGAUUUUCUGUACAGUUUGGGGCUGGAAACGACGGAGCACGCAUUCAAGAGGGAAAAUGUGCGACAUUUCUUGAGAAAUGACAAAAGUCGGUUUGAUUUGAUUUUAGCCGAACAGUUCUACCAGGAGUCGUUCCUGAUGUUGGCCCACAAGUACCGGGCUCCGGUUGUGACCGUUGGAACCUUCGGCUUUGCCCAGUACAUGGGCCCGCUGAUGGGAAUGAUGAACAUGUGGUCCCACGUGCCGCACGAGUUUCUUCCGUUCACGGACCGGAUGUCGUUCUGGCAGCGGUUGUACAACUCGGCAACGUCCGCGUACGAGCUACUUCUUCGGUCCUUUUACUACAUGCCACGCCAGGAAGCGAUGGCUCUGGAACACUUUGAUCAUCUAAAAGGCCCGUUGCCCAAGGUCGCCGACCUUGAGCGACAAGUAUCGGUCAUGCUGUUGAACAGUUAUGCUCCGUUAACGUCAACCCGUGCCAAAGUUCCCGGACUGAUCCAGGUGGGUGGACUACACAUCAAGGAGCCCAAACCACUCCCAACAGAUCUCCAAAAGUUCCUGGACGAAGCCCACGAGGGUGCGGUUUACUUCAGCCUCGGAACAAAUCUUCGCAGCGCAGACAUGCCCAAGGACAAGUUGAGUGCCAUUUUGACCGUUUUCCGUUCGAUGAAGCAACGCAUUGUUUGGAAGUACGAGGACGAAUCGAUCCAGAAUUUACCCAGCAACGUGAUGAUCAAGAGUUGGCUUCCCCAAAGUGACAUCCUCGCACAUCCAAACGUCAAAGUGUUCAUUACGCACGGUGGUCUUCUGGGCACGCAAGAGGGCGUCCACCGGGCAGUUCCCAUGCUCGGCAUUCCGAUCUACUGUGACCAGCAUCUCAACAUGAACAAAGCAGUCCUAGGUGGGUACGCGGUCAAACUGUACUUCCCGAACGUUACGGAAAGCUCGUUCCGGUGGGCACUGAACGAGCUGCUGCACAAACCGGAGUACAAGACCAACAUGGAUCGAGUCUCGGCCGUGUUCCGGGAUCGACCGAUGUCGUCGCUGGAAGAGUCCGCGUACUGGAUUGAGUACGUUAUCAGGCACAAAGGAGCUCCACAGUUGCGAUCGGCUGGGUUGGAUUUGCCAUGGGUGAGUUUCGCCCUGUUGGACGUGGUCGGAGUUGUGCUGGCGGUGCUGUUGGUGUUGGCUUGGGUAUUUAGAAAAAUUGUUCUUGUGGUUUGUGGUAAAUCAGGUCUGAAGAGGAAAGUUGAGUAAUAAAGUUGAAUUAAAAAUAUAGACAUUAAUAAAAAUUUACAUGACAUAAA